AUGGAUGACCUCAAAGAACUACGCUUAAAGAGCUCAAAGCUUUUUGAUUAUAAAUGUUCAGACAUUUUAGGCAUACACAAAUUCUUCACUGAAAAGUCAGCAUCCAAUUGGUGUCUGGAAAGUUUUGUGAAUAAAUUUAUAGACGAAGAAACGGAACUAGAUUUUGAACAAAUCCAAGAGCUUUUCUUGACCAAUUUGGACUAUAUUGGUAACCAAAGGAAUGUUUGCGCUCCUAUUCGUGCGUUUUGUUUAAGUUACUUAGAAUGGAUGCAGGCUAAUCCUGAGAACCAUCAAGACGUGGAAAAGACAGGCUGUUUCAAAUGCAUGUUGCAUGUUUUUUCAGGAAUGUGCAAUAUUAGAAACCAUUUGAAACAAAAACGCAAGUAUAAAGAAAUUGCUGAGAGCUUUGUUUCGGAAAAUGCGAAAUACAUGGCAUUUCAAAACUCCUUUCAAAGACCUCAAAGAGAGACACAAGCUCAAACCCCCAGUUCAGUCUUCAUCGGUUCAGUCUCCACAAUCUCAGAUGCUAAUAACCCUAAAUAA